AUGUCUGACAACCAUCCUGACCACUUACUACUAGGCGGCAUUGUCCUAGGUGACAUCAUCGAAGUCACUGCCGUCUACCGCUUCGACGCCAGCGAAGCCGAUACAAGCGCAUGGUUCACAGCAGCGGAAGAUCUUAUCACUCGGCACAAUGUCGCAUCCGACCAAUUCGCGCGCACGCUUCUCGCUGAUACGACAUACCUAGAUCAGCGCAGCUCCGAAGACGAUUGGGCGUUACGAAAAGACUUUUUACGCCUUCUUGAAGCAGAGCGACUCCCUAGCAGAUUUAGAUGA